ACAGACAGGAGUCAACUCGCAAUUGUGACUGGAGCGAUAUCAACUAAUGGCUUUAGUUGUUACCGAUUGAAUGAACACAGCGUUUAAUAACUGUGGUAGAAAUUGAACGUGACGACAUAUCAUGCGUCGUUACUAGUCAGUAAGGCUUGUCUUGUUAGCCUAGCUUAGCCUAGCCUAGCCUAGCCUUCUUGCUAAGCAGCGUUGCUCAACACAGUUUGGACAGAGAUGUGUCACAAAGAGGAAGAGAGCUGUACCUGUGACACCUAGCAGCGAGUGAGACUACAGAGCUGUCGUUCAUGUCAUAUUGUGCUAAACUUGAGUUGGUUGAGUAGGUUUUCUUCGAGACUGGAGCUUUCCACGAGGAGGUCACAACAUGUUGUCAUUCCCUUCGCCGGGCUCCCAGCAGCGAGUCGCUCCGUCCGGACAGUCCGGGAGGAACAAGGUGGCCUUGAAGCCAGGCCACAGUUUGAUGGACUGGAUCCGGUUUUCAAAGAGUGGAAAAGACUUGACCGGGCUCAGAGGGCGUCUGAUUGAAGUGACCCAAGAAGAGCUGAAGAAACACAACAAGAGAGAUGACUGCUGGACGUGUAUAAGAGGCUUGGUUUACAAUGUUACCCCAUACAUGGACUACCAUCCUGGAGGAGAGGAGGAGCUGAUGAAGGCAGCUGGGAUAGAUGGCACUGAACUCUUUGACCAGGUCCAUCGGUGGGUGAACUACGAGUCCAUGUUAAAAGAAUGCCUGGUGGGCAGGAUGGCCACUGUGCCCACCGCAGCAAUUAAAGCUAUGAUUCCACCUCCACCACCGACUAGCCUCGCCCCACCUACCUCGUUGGCUCCUCCCCCAGACAAAGACUCCCGACCUCGGUACGACUGGUUCCAGACUGACGCUUCUGUUCAUCUGGUUGUUUAUGCCAAAAGGAAGAUACCUGGCUCAGGCUGUACCGUCGUUGACCUCGAGGCCGGUGUCUUUCGACUGGAAGUGCUGCUGGGAAAAAUGUCCUACAUGCUUCAUUUACGUCUGGCUGAAGACGUGGAGGGAAACGUCGCUGUUCACACGGCGUUCACAGUGGGAAAGAUCCAGGUCACCAUGCGCAAGCAGGCUAAAGGAAAAUGGACAAGUCUUGGUCAGCCGCUGGAAUCCCACAAUACAUUUCUACGCCAUAAAGACAGAGCUGUCUAUCAUCGGGAUUGUGUGUUGGUGUCAAAGACUGAAGUGAACCAUAACACUCAUGUGUUCAGAUUGCAACUUCCACGUGGGACUGUCAUGCACGUGCCUGUUGGAAAACACGUCUACCUCAAAGCACUUAUUCAAGACACAGAGGUUGUGAGGCCAUACACUCCAGUAGAGCAGAAUCUAGCAGCAGCCUCCCAUCAGUCACCACAAGAUUCAGACCUGUACCUCAUGAUCAAAGUCUACCCUGAUGGAGUCCUCACUCCACAUCUCAACAGUCUGAGCAUCGGUGACCAUAUAUCUGUCAGCGGUCCAGAGGGUACCUUUAGCCUCCGCCCCCUUCGUGAUGUCACAGACCUCUACCUGUUGGCAGCAGGCACAGGUUUCACACCCAUGGCUCGUCUCAUCCGACUGGCCCUGCAGGAUAUCGACAGCAUCAGAAAAAGCAAGCUGCUCUUUUUUAACCGACGGGAGGAGGACAUUCUGUGGCGCUGUCAACUGGAUGAACUCGCUGCUAAUGAUGAGAGGUUUCAGGUGGAGUACGUCCUCUCUGAGCCCUGUGAAGGCUGGACGGGCAGGAAGGGCCGGGUGGAUGAAUCCAUGCUCAAGGAUUUCCUCAACAGGCCAGAUGGGUCCAAAUGUUAUGUGUGUGUGUGUGGCCCCACUGCAUUUACAGAGCUAACAAUAGGGUUGGUGAAGCAGCAGGGCUUCAGUGAAGAGGAACUCCAUGCCUUCCAGGGCUGAUGAGCUCUGCCGACCCUUCACCCCAACCCUCAACACCCCCA